GUAUUCAAAUACAUCUGCUGUUGACGUGCGCCUCUCCAUUGGAACCAGUCACUGCGCUCUUUUGCGGAGCAGUUGUACAUAUCCACAAACAAACAUCGCUUCUCAAAUAUUUAGCGCAGCAUAAGACACCGUUUAAGUAACAAAGCGUAAAUCUGGACUGUACCCCAGUUACUUGUUGUUCUUGUUGUAGUUCUUUGUGGACUGUACACUAUUCGUUCUUCCUCCCUUGCACCCAUACACCCUCGCACAGUAUACCCUUCGCGUAGUUUGUCAUCUCAAUACGUCGAAACACGCAAGACAAGAUCAUUGUGUUCUUCGCCGGAUGCAAAGGCUGGCGCACCACUCUUUACUACUUUCAUCAAUAUACUCUUGAUUCUUCACAUCUCGUUUUUUCUCCCCAUUUCACAAGGCAUCGCCGCCGCGUACUAUGUGUUUUGUUUUCCCUAUUUCUAUUUUAAGCUGAGAAAAGAGGAAAAAGAGAAACACAUCUACAGUACGCAACUCACAUCACAUCAGAGAAUAGCAUCUGUUGCUUAUUUCUCUGCUGUCCGGAACAACUCUUAAGUCUGAAUUGAGUGCUGGCACUUCUAAUUCAACGGUGACAUGCCACUCAAGCUUCUCCGCUCCCGCUUCGUGAAGGUUGCAGCGGCGACGAUCGGCGUCCCCGUCGCCGGCGCCGGCGGUCUCGCUCUUUACGUACAGUACCGAAAGCGCACGCGGCCGCAUGUCCGCAUUCUUAAGCCGCUGGUGGACGAGUCCGGCAGAAUCGUUUUGGAGGGCCAAGUUAUCUCCUCGCCGUCCUGCACAGCCGUGUGCCGGCGCUUUGUGCAGUUGGUGUUUAUUUUCCUGCCUGUCGCCGCGCUUUAUCUCAUCAUGUCCCUUCGACAGAAGUGGUACGAGCAAUGGCUGGAGAUCCUGCUGGCGGCGGUGCAGCGCGCAGGUCCUGUGUUUGUGAAGAUUGGCCAGUGGAGCUGCACCCGCGAGGACCUCUUCGCGGCGGACUUCCGUCGCGUGUUUAAGCGGUUGUACAACGAGGUGGACAUCCACGCUUACGCGGACACGCUAAAGAUUAUCGGCGAGGAGCUGCAGGCGGAUCCGUUUACAGUGUUUGAGAGCAUUGAGCCGACGACCGUCGGGUCCGGCUCUAUUGGCCAGGUGCACCUGGCGAAACUGAGGAACUCGAGCCGCCAGGUGGUGGUGAAGGUGAUGCACCCGCAAAUCGUCGAGAGAAUCGUGCUCGACUUCAACAUCUUGAACGGCCUUGCCAAACGGGUGGAUAGGACCUUUAAAAGCCUCGAUCGCUAUCGCCUUCCGUCUCUUUCCCUGGCGUUCUCGAACCACCUCGCCGCGCAGCUUGACUUUCGCGUGGAAGCGCAGAACCUGGAGCAGUUCCGCGAGAACUUCAGGUCAGAGCACUACGUAGACUUCCCGGAGCCGAUCAUGUCGACGCAACGCAUGCUGGUGGAGACGUUCUGUGAGGGUAAGCCGGCCAACCCAGAGUUUCUAGCGUCGCUCCCUCCGCACGCCCGUGAUGUGCUCGCGAACAAAGGCCUGAAUACGUGGUGCAAGAUGCUGCUUCGCGACAACUUCAUCCACGGUGACAUGCACCCUGGCAACAUCCUGAUCGACUGCUCCGACCCGCAUGAGCCGAAGGUGACGUUGAUUGACGUCGGUCUGUGCCAGCAACUGACGGACCACGAGGGCGAGGUGACGCACGAACUGAUGGAAGCCUUUGUGCGGUGGAACCCCAUUCAGUGCGCGAACAGCCUCCUCGCCAUGUCCGACCACCAGCAGUACGCCGACCCGACGGCUUUUCGCAACGACCUCACACAAAUCUACAAGCAUUUCCGACCCACGCGCAAUGACGAGCACGCCGUCACCAACAUUCUGCAGUCUGUGUUUGAGUGUAUUCGCGUCAACAACGUGCAGAUGGACCCGCCCUACGUCUCGCUGCUGUUUGCCGUGCUGGUGUUGGAGUCGUUUAUCAUGAACCUGAAUCCCGAGUUCAACAUGGUGCGCCACACCGCACCGUGGCUGGUGAGUGAGGGCCAUCUGUCGAAGGGUGUGAUGAAGAACUUAGUUAAGACGAAAAUCGACAACAUCAAGCGCGACUACGGCAUUCUCACUGGCCGCAUGGAGGAUGGCAUGAGGGAGGAACUUCAGCUGAACGAGAACUUGCGCGUGAGUUCAUGGUAA